AUGCUUCUGGUCAACCCUCACGAGCUGCAGUCCUCCUCAUACUACAUGAACUACCGGUUGCCCACGCCGUCCUCGGCACCGUCCGUCAUGAGCAUCCUCAACAUGGCGUCGCAGCACCACGAACACCACCCGGCGGCCAGCCCGUCGUCAGCCUCGGACAACGAGGUCGCGCAGGCGCUGGAGAUCGCCCGCGAGAGCCCCGACGGCGCCAAGGACCCGUUCGUGAGCAACAUCCUGGAGACGGCGCUCGCCCAGAUCUGGGCCAACGUGCAGGCACACCCGGACUCGUACAUCAUGUCGCGGGACGAGUUUGCCGUCUUCAACUACUUCCAGCACCGGUUCGAGGGAAACAAGGUCGCCAUCGCCGCCAGGAAGCGGUACUGGGACAACGCGACUGGCGUCUAA